AGUACAGACAGUGAGGAAAGUACAGACUCUGAAGAAGAAGAUGGAGCAAAACAAGACUUGUUUGAGUCCAGCAGCGCCAACACAGAGGAUAAAAUGGAGGUAGACCUGAAUGAACCGCCCAGCUGGUCAGCCAGCUUUGAUGUCCCCAUGGAGACAACGCACGGUGCUCCCUUAGACUCUGUGGGCUCUGACGUCUGGAGCACAGAGGAGCCAGUGCCGACUAAGGAGACAGGCUGGGCUUCUUUUUCCGAGUUCGCGUCUUCCCUGAGUACAAAAGACUCUUUAAGGAGCAGUUCUCCAGUGGAAAUGGAGACCAGCACGGAGCCAGUGGGCCCGCUGGCGCCCAGUGUGGCUGCGCUGGCAGUGCAGCCGGAAGCGCCAGGCAGCGUGGCCAUGGAAGCCAGCUCUGAUGGAGAGGAGGAUGCAGAAAGUACAGACAAGGUAACUGAGACAGUGAUGAAUGGCGGCGUGAAGGAAACUCUGAGCCUCACUGUGGAUGCCAAGACAGAAACCGCGGUCUUCAAAAG